AUGGGCAAUGUUUCUUCAGAAAAGACAGCCGAUGGGACAGCCCCGGUAUCAGAACAGGAUGCUUCUCCUGCUUCAGCGCGACCCUCCAAUGCCAGACCCUAUUCCAGCUUCGCAGAAGCUCGAUAUGGAACCGCCCCUUCUCCCUUAAAUAUGGGCAACAUGGGAUACUCCUUUCCAGCCCGUCAUUCACAAGGUUCGCCAUAUGAUCAGUACUCGGCUCAUGGGCAAGGUAUGAUGUAUCCCAUGCCAAUGGCCCCGUAUGGACACAACUCCGGCAUGGCGUACGGUAUGCCUUACCCAGCUUAUCCGCCGUAUGCGAUCCCUCAACACCCAGGCCCUCAAUCUGGAACUCAUUAUCCACAUGGAACCCAAAUGCAAAAUCUCAGUCCCGGGCAAGUAUCUCCCUAUGGUUCGGGCUAUUACCCCCAUUUAGCAUACGGUCCCCCUUAUGGACAUGGAGUGUCUCCCGGCCAAAUGCCCCAGGCUGCAUCUCCAGUCCGUGCUAACCCAAGUUCGCCAUCGAAACCGGGCUCUUUGCGCAAAGAAGCCGAUAAACGCAUGGCGGAAUUGGAAUAUGACGUCUCAAAGACCAUCGUGGAUGGAUCGAAUCCCAUGAAAUUAGUGCCCCAGCCGCUCCUCUCCGACAAUAGUUCCCCUUCGCAACCAGCCCCGACCGCGCCGAGUACCCCACGAGGACCACCCCGAAAACCAAAGCAAUCUGGCCACGCGCUCUGGGUUGGAAAUCUCCCCCCAGGAGCCAAUGUCAUGGAUCUCAAGGACCAUUUCUCGCAAGAUGCAACGAACGACAUCGAGAGUGUGUUCCUGAUCUCCAAGAGUAAUUGUGCAUUCGUGAACUACAAGUCAGCUGCCGCCUGUGUCGCGGCAUUGGCGAGAUUCCACGACUCCCGAUUCCAAGGCGUACGCGUUGUCUGCCGAUUACGAAAGGGUUUUACUGCUCCAGGGUCUGGCUCAGCGGGGGUGACAGGUCCCGUGAAUCAUGGUCUCCGGCCACGAUUAGAGGAUAUUGCUACAGCUACAGACCCAGGCGAGGACCAUUCAAUCGCCCCGGAGCUCAGCUCAGCCUCGCCUGCUACGGGGAACUAUCCACCACCAGCCCGGCUGAUAGAUCGGUACUUUAUUGUUAAAAGCUUGACGGUGGAGGAUCUCGAGCUGAGCAAGCAAAGUGGCAUUUGGGCUACGCAGUCGCACAACGAGGCGGCGAUGAAUCAGGCUUUCGAGAAUACCGAUUAUGUCUAUUUAAUCUUCUCUGCCAACAAAUCUGGCGAGUAUUUUGGAUACGCACGUAUGAUGUCGCCAAUCAGCGAUGACGAAGAGCUUGCCCUAGAGAUGCCAUCUCGGCCCGAUCCCCCGCUGGGCGGGUCCGACGAUCUCGACGUGACCCUAACAGCAGCCACCUCGACAGCGCCCCAAGGCCGAAUCAUCGAUGAUUCCGUGCGGGGUACUAUCUUCUGGGAAGUUGAGUCGUCGGAAGAUGAAAAUGACAACUCCAGCGAGAAGAGCAUCGAUCCUGAGGAUCCGGAAGAGGGCCAAACCUUUGGUAAACCGUUCCGCAUUCAAUGGAUUUCGACGGAGCGAGUGCCCUUUCAGCGCACUCGUGGCCUUCGUAACCCUUGGAAUGCGAAUCGGGAAAUCAAAAUCGCUCGUGAUGGCACUGAAAUCGAGCCAACGAUUGGCCGUAGGCUGAUUCAGUUGUUUCAUUUGCCUUGA